AGUGUUGUUUAUAUCAAAGUGAAAAAAAGAGAGAGAAAAACUCGUUUGAUAAAUACAGUUUUGCUUCACGUGACUAUCCACGCAUGCGCACUUGAACGGUUGUAACUCGAAAUAUUCAAUAAUCUGGUCCUGUGCGCUGCUUUAGAGAACCAGGACGAUCCAGUGACAGCCUGACUCAUAAGCAGCGAUGAGCUUCUUUGGUUUUGGUCAAAGUGCGGACAUCGAUAUAGUUCUGAAUGACGCCGAAACGAGGAAGAAAGCGGAGCAUAAAAGCGAAGACGGCAGGAAGGACAAAUAUUUUCUCUUCUACGAUGGGGAAACUGUGUCGGGGAAAGUCAAUGUUACGCUCAAGUACCCGGGAAAGAGGCUGGAGCACAACGGCAUCAAGAUUGAGUUUAUCGGCCAGAUAGAGCUGUACUAUGACAGAGGAAACCACCAUGAGUUUGUGUCUCUUGUGAAAGACUUGGCUCGGCCAGGGGAGCUCACACAGUCACAGACAUUUGAUUUUGAGUUCACACAUGUGGAGAAACCCUACGAGUCUUACACGGGUCAGAACGUCAAAUUACGCUACUUUCUGAGGGCGACAGUAAGCCGGAGACUGAAUGACGUCAGCAAAGAGCUGGACAUCGUGGUACACACACUCAGCUCCUACCCUGAGCUCAACUCCUCCAUCAAGAUGGAAGUGGGGAUCGAGGACUGUCUACACAUAGAGUUUGAGUACAAUAAAUCCAAGUAUCACCUUAAAGAUGUGAUUGUAGGGAAGAUUUACUUUCUGCUGGUGAGGAUUAAGAUCAAACAUAUGGAGAUUGACAUCAUCAAGCGGGAGACAACUGGCACAGGGCCAAAUGUCUACCAUGAGAACGACACCAUAGCAAAGUAUGAAAUCAUGGAUGGUGCACCAGUCAGAGGAGAGUCCAUCCCCAUCCGGCUGUUUCUAGCAGGCUAUGAGAUGACGCCAAGCAUGAGGGACAUUAACAAGAAGUUCUCUGUGCGGUACUACCUCAACCUGGUCCUCAUAGAUGAGGAGGAAAGACGCUAUUUCAAACAGCAGGAGAUCACCCUGUGGAGGAAAGGGGACAUCGUGAGGAAGAGUAUGUCUCACCAAGCGAUCAUCGCCUCCCAGCGCUUUGAAGGCUCCUCCAAUCCAGAGAAGUCCCAGACCCAGAGCAAUGAAGAGGACGACAGCUAAAGCCCAGCAUGCACCUCACCCUCGCGUAAGCACAUCCGUGAGUACUUCAGCCUUUACUUCACUUUACCCUGGCCUGCAACUUUGCUUGACAAGCGUAUGCUGUGCAACUUGGCAAAAUCUAUCACUGUGUAUCAUAUUAAAGUUUUACACAAUUUUAUAUUUCAUACUUACUGUCAGUACGGUGAAUUUUUAGUAUGCUGUUGUGUUAAAUCAACAUGUUCAGGUAACUGUUAAAAUCCAGGAUACACCUGCCCAACAUGUGGACAUGAGCCAACAAGACACUUUUAUUUCCACACUGUAUCUUGAUCUUUGGUGACAGUUUUCUUCUGGGACAUUCUUCAUUCAGUGUGUUGAUGGUGGCAGAAAUCACUGUAAGCAUCUCUAUGCACUUAAUUUACAUAAAGAGAUUGCACCAACAUGAUAUUGGUGAGGAGGGGAGUUGACUUUAAAAAAAAAAAAAAAAGACUGUCCAGGGUUAUUAAUAUUUGUUGCAUAUAACUCUCCCCUGCUAGUUUCUCAACUCGAUCCUGAUUUCAAGCUCAAUAUGUUAACGGCUCAAUCAUCAAAUCGCACCUUCGGAGUGGGAGCAGAUUUGGUAAUUGCCAGAUUUAUGGUAAACGUAUCAAAUAGUGCUUUCUGUUUACCGAGCAUUCCAGCUGCUCUCUAAUCAUUUUAUAGCUCUUGGAUCAAACAUUGUUAUUACCGCUGGAGUUUGCGCUGUAGUAAUGGGUUCAGGUUGGGUUGUCCAGAACAUGCAUGAUAUUAUAGGUUAACUCUAUAUGACACUGUACAUUUAACAUUUCUGUAGUUCUUCUAAAGUGCAGAGCAAAGGGAACACACUGUAAAGGGAUGCUUACAGAGGCAAUGGACGGGGCGCACUGACUCAAAGACAGAAAAGAAAAGAAAGACCUCGAUACAGAGACCUGAUUGUUGUCCUCUCAUGGCAAAACCAUACGAUCACCAUUGUGAUCCAUGAAGCACACAGAAGUCCAGUUUGUGACCAAACUAACUGAUGUAACUAUCAAGAUUGUUUCACAACUUCACAAGAAGAAGAUGAAGUAAAACAUGGAAACAUUCUAAUAAUCCUCUUCUUACCGUUUCUAAGUUGUAGAGUGUAUUCUGCAUUAUUUGCUGCCUAACUCCUUUAUUUUGGAAGUUGCCUCCAUUGAUACAAUGACACUUCACUGAAAUCUGUUUUAGAAAAAAGUACCAUUUAAACAAACGAACAAAAGAAACCAUCUUUGGUGUGUCUUGGUUUAGUGUGGCUGUGAUGCCAGUACUGGUGCAGACACACAGUAGCUGAACUAACCCCGUUUGUGAUAGAGAGUAAAUCGAGAUUGAAAUAGAAAAGAAUUAUGAAAUGUACAGUGUAAAUGCACAAUGUAAAUGCAAUCCUCCUGCUCUUUGGUUUAUUUUCUUCAUAUUGUAUCUCCCUGACUAUAAAUGUUUAUCAUUUGAUCAUUUUAUAUUACUGUUUUACUUUGAAUUAAAUGGGAGUAACUGAAA